UGAACUUGGUGCCGCCGCUGAUCCCCGGCGCGAUCCAAGCCGGGCUUUGCUGGCGGCUGGCAACCCAGCCUCUGGCGAGAGCCAAUGAGAGGGCGUCUCCCAGCACGUGGAGGAGAGGGAAUCAAGAGCAAAGCAAUUGCAGCUCACUACACUUGUUACUAGUGUCCUGAGCGAGGAAGAGGGGCGAGCGGAGCCGCGGGUGGGGGGAGUGCAGAGCGCCCGGCCCCAGCCCCGUGCCCACACGCGCGCCCAGGCCGGAGCCGCCGGGGGGCACGGCCCGAGCCAUGAGCAAUCAGUACCAGGAGGAGAGCUGCUCCGACAGGCCCGAAUGUAAAAGUAAAUCUCCAACUUUGCUGUCCUCCUACUGCAUCGACAGCAUCCUGGGCCGGCGGAGCCCCUGCAAGAUGCGGCUGCUGGGGGCGGCGCAGAGCCUGCCGGCCCUAUCCGGCCGCGCCGAGCAGGACAAGGCCGGCCAAGGCUCGCCCAAGGGCAGCGCCGCCUUCGAGCCGGCCGAGCUGCACCUGCCGCCCAAGCUGCGCCGCCUCUACGGGCCCGGCGGGGGCCGGCUGCUGCAGGGGCCGCGGGGCGAGCGGGCCGACGGGCGGCCGGAGGGGGGCGCCGCCGCGGCCGCGGCCGCCCCGUGGGACACGCUGAAGAUCAGCCAGGCGCCGCAGGUCAGCAUCAGCCGCAGCAAGUCCUACCGCGAGACCGCGCCCUUCGCGCCCGGCGCCGACGACCUGGGCCGCCCGGACGAGCGGCCCGGCCCGGCGCCCGCCCCCGCGGGGGAGGACGAGGACGAGGACGAGGAGCUGCUGGAGGACGAGGAGGACGAGGAAGAGGAGCUGGAGGAGGAGGACGACGAGGAGGAGCUGGCGGCCGGGAACCCCCCCGGGCCGGGCGCCGACGGCGCGGAGCUGUCGCCCAAGGAGGAGCUGCUGCUGCCGCCCGACGACGCGGAGGGCAAGGACGGCGAGGACAGCGUGUGCCUCUCGGCCGGCAGCGACAGCGAGGAGGGGCUGCUCAAGCGCAAGCAGCGCCGCUACCGCACCACCUUCACCAGCUACCAGCUGGAGGAGCUGGAGAGGGCCUUCCAGAAGACGCACUACCCCGACGUCUUCACCAGGGAGGAGCUGGCCAUGCGGCUGGACCUGACCGAAGCCCGCGUGCAGGUAUGGUUCCAGAACCGUAGGGCUAAGUGGCGGAAGAGGGAAAAGGCUGGGGCUCAGACGCACCCCCCAGGUUUGCCUUUCCCUGGUCCCCUGUCGGCAACUCACCCCCUCAGUCCAUACCUUGAUGCUAGUCCUUUCCCUCCUCAUCACCCAGCUCUAGACUCCGCCUGGACUGCAGCCGCGGCCGCUGCGGCCGCCGCCUUCCCCAGUCUACCUCCUCCACCGGGCUCUGCAACUUUGCCACCCAGUGGGACCCCGCUAGGCCUCAGCACUUUCCUGGGCGCGGCCGUAUUCCGGCAUCCAGCCUUCAUCAGCCCUGCUUUCGGCAGGCUCUUUUCCACUAUGGCUCCCCUGACUAGUGCUUCCACUGCUGCUGCCCUACUGAGACAGCCCACUCCUGCCGUGGAAAGUGCAGUGCAAUCAAGUGGGCUAUCAGAUCCAGCAACAGCUGCAGCAGACAGACGGGCUUCUAGCAUAGCAGCUCUGAGGCUGAAAGCAAAAGAACAUGCAGCUCAACUCACACAGCUCAAUAUUAUCCCUGGGAACAGCACAGGGAAAGAGGUGUGCUAAAAUCAGAGAGGAAAAUAUAAGGAAAUAAAGAAAUAAAUAAAGGUCACCUCAGAUAUAGCACGAACCAAGACCAAAUGGAAAAAGAGGACCAGCGACUAAGACAUUGGGUAGGUUCUCGAGUUAGGAACUUGAAGAAAGCAAAAGCAUCCUGUGCAUCUCGGGAGUGAGUGCAUCCACAUUUAGGAGCUCCUGCAUAAGUAACUCCUUGGCUGGUACAUUUUUAAAAUGUGCAACAUCUUAAUUUCUUCAUUGAUCAUUACACAAAAAAAAGGUUCUAAGACAAGAUAUUAUAUAUAUAUAUAUAUUAAUGUUACAUACAUUAAAUAUUUUUCCUUCUGUACAUCUGGCAAAAAUGAAAUUGUAAUUUCAACAGCAACAACAACAAAAAAACAAAACCCUCCCCCGCAGCUUCUUAGACUAAUUUAACAUCCUAAGAUGUUGUUUUAUCAGGAGCACUGGAGAACUAUUUUUCAUGGUAAUGCAGCCUGCUGCAUAUUAUCAACCAAGGAUGAUGCCAGUGCAAAAUGAAGGAGUUUGAUGCUGUAAGAUAACCAGUGCACUUAAAGGAAAGGGUUUAUCUUUUUCUUGUUAUAGUCUUUAUCACUACACCAACCAAGGUUUUUAUAUCAAACCAAAGGGAAAUACACUGCUAGAAUAUGGACUGUUUAAGUCACUAAACUGUGAUUAAUGAUUCUGUACAUACCAUUGUUAUAAAAAAAAAAGAACAGAGCUUUGUAUAUUUGAAAUGUUAUAAAACAAUUGCACUCAGUGUAGUGUUGUAAAAGUUUGUCAUCUGUAGAUUCUUACUGUGUUGUAGAUAAAAUAGGGUUCCUAGACAAAAUAUUUAUGUACAAACCCUUUAUUUAACUUAUUAACUGUAGAGGUUUCUGAAACCCUAAAAAGGCGAUGGUACAGUA